AAAAUAAAAUCAAGCAAGAUGACCUUGAAAAAAAGAAAAAAAUACUUGAAAUCACUAACAAGAUCCCUGAGUCUGUUUGGGGCUUAAUGUUGGAGCACGCAGGACAUCACCCUUGACCCAGACACUGCACACCCACUGCUGCGUUUAUCAGAGGACAACAGGUCGGUGAGCUGCCAAGGAUCUCCACGUCGAGGACUGACUAAACACAAGAGGUUUCUGGAAGAUCAAUGUGUGCUGGGAGAGAGAGGGUACACUUCAGGGAGACAUUACUGGGAGGUUGAUCUGGGGAACAACACUCAGUGGAGUGUGGGAGUCGCCCAAGACCCUGAGAAGAGGGGGUUGGAUAUCUCCAUCCGCCCAGACAACGGCUACUGGAGAAUCCGUUUGGAGGACGGAAUGCUGCAGACUGAGAGAGAAGUGCUGCAGACUGAGAGAGAAGUGCUGCAGACUGUUGAGGAACCACGUGCUGUUCUGCCUUCAGAACUGACACCUGCUACUCUGGGAGUGUUUCUGGACAUUGAGAAUCAGAGAGUUGCUUUUUUCAACGUGGAGAAGAGGUGUCACAUCCACUCCUUCUCUUUCUCUGAGAGAUCUACCAAGGAACUGUUUCCUUUUUUUGGCCCUUUGAAUAAUAAAGAGGAUCUCAGAAUUGUCCCUGAAAGAAAAGGUUAUUAGUGCCAAAGACCCAAGAAGAAAUACUGCAACUACAGAAGUGGGUUCAAAGAUUGAGGAGAAGCACCUUAAGGAGGCAGAGGAGAGGAAGAAGCUACGCCUGGAGGAGGCGAAGGAAGAGAGGAGGCUGGCAGAGCAGAGGGCUCAAAUGAAGAGGGAGUUUGAAGAGGAGAAGGAGAUCCGAAAACUCAAGGAGAUGGAGAAAAGGGGCAAAAACAAGGAGCUGGUCCGUCUUGCAGAGGAGAAGAAGAAAGAGGUGGAGAAGAAGAAAGAGGUGGAGGAUAAGGAGAUUGAUGCUGGGAGGAUGCGCUAUGAGAAAGAGAGACAGACGCGCUUUCAAAAGGUGCAAAGGGAUAUCUUGCCUCCCAUCCCCACGCUCCAGAAGAGACACAGGGCCCCCCAGUCCACCUCCAGUCCCCCCAGCAUGGACAGCAGACGAUCCACCUCCUCCAUGUCUAAGGGUUCUCUUUCAGGGCUCCAAUCCCAGACAGCUUCUGUCCCAGCUGUUAGGAAGGAGCUGAGAGCUGCAGGGGAGUCAGUAUUCCUCACCAUAUUCCUUCAAAAUCUUGAAUCCCUCCAGAUCCAAGAGAAGCAGGAGCGCCUGAGGCUGGAAAAGAAAGAAAGAGACUGGGCUGAGGCCAAGAUGGAGGCUGAAAUUAAGAACUACAACCCAUGGGGCCGGGGAGGGUGCGGCGCACCCCUCAGAGACACCCGAGGGGACCUCAUAAGUACGUUGUAG